UACGUCUCUCUCUCUCUCUCAAAUGGAUCUCUCCGGAGAAACCAUCAGCCUCACCUCCACCGUCCCUUCUUCCUCCUCUUCCUCCGUAUCAUCAAACCACGAUUGCGACUCUCCACGUGGCGGAGAUGCAGAUCACGAAUUGCUGUCGGUUUCUGUUUCUGUUUCCUCGUCUUCCGCCUCAAUUCAGAGAAUUCUGAGUUUGAUCAGAUCGGAGGAUCCGGAAUCGAGGCUGUUCGCAGCUAGAGAGAUCCGUCGGUUGACGAAGACGUCGCAUAGAUGUCGCCGACACUUCUCACAGGCCGUUGAACCGCUUGUAGCGAUGCUGAGAUUAGACUCGGAUGAAUCUCAUCAUGAGGCGGCUUUGCUUGCUCUCCUUAACCUCGCUGUUAAAUACGAGAAGAACAAGGUGAGCAUAGUUGAAGCCGGUGCUUUAGAGCCGAUCAUGAACUUCUUACAAUCUAAUAGCCCAACACUUCAAGAAUACGCUUCUGCAUCUCUCCUCACUCUCUCUGCAUCCCCUAACAACAAACCCAUCAUUGGAGCUAACGGAGUGAUUCCACUAUUAGUCAAAGUCAUUAAACAUGGAAGGCCACAAGCUAAAGCUGAUGCAGUCAUGGCACUUUCCAACCUCUCUACACUCUCCACUAACCUAACCAUGAUCCUAGCUACCAAACCACUCUCACCGAUUCUGAAUCUUCUCAAAUCAAGUAAAAAAUCAUCGAAAACAUCUGAGAAAUGCUGUUCCCUGAUAGAAUCAUUGAUGGUUUCCGGAGAGGAGACGAGAAAGGGCUUAGUUUCAGAUGAAGGAGGUGUUCUUGCAGUGGUGGAGGUUCUUGAAAACGGGUCAUUACAAGCUAAGGAACACGCAGUUGGUGUGCUCUUAACAUUGUGCCAAAGCGAUAGGAGUAAAUACAGAGAGCCGAUUCUCAGAGAAGGUGUAAUACCUGGACUGCUUGAGCUCACGGUUCAAGGGACAUCAAAGUCUCGGACCAAAGCUCAGAGACUUCUCUGUUUACUAAGGGACUCAGAAAGCCCGAGAUCAGAGGUUCAACCGGACACAAUAGAGAACAUAGUGUCGAGCUUAAUCUCUCAUAUAGAUGGUGAUGAUCAGUCUGGUAAGGCGAAGAAGAUGUUAGCUGAAAUGGUUCAAGUUAGCAUGGAAAAGAGCUUGAGACAUCUACAAGAACGUGCUUCCACUCUUGUCCGUCCUUAAGUAAUACAAAGGUUUGAUUCUGCAUAAAGGGUGAUGAUAAUUGAAGGAUACAUCAUAUAUGCCAGUCCAGUACCGGUCGAUUUGGUUCUUAGUGACUGGUUUGUUUUUUUUUUUUUUUUAACUCAAAAGUGUUCAUAAUAAAAGCUUUGUCUUUGGUACAUUUCUAUAAAAACGUUCUUUUGGUUUCAGUUAAGUUUUUGAGCCAUUUGAACUAACUACUUUGAAUUAGACUUGCAUCAAUUUAAAA